AUGCCCCUUCCCAGAACACUGCCGGGGACAGAAGCGCAAGAAGGAGUAGAGUAUGAGGAGGAUUGGCUGCCAAAAGAUUUCAAGCCGAUGACUGUCGGCCAGCUGAUGUGGUAUAAGAUGAAAAACAUGCCCAUGGUCAACGUCGGCUUAGCAGGUGUCAUUGGAUCCUUCGGAAUGGCGUCGUAUUGGUUUCGGAUGGGUAAUUCCGCUCGACUCAAUUAUUGGUUGAGAUGGAGAGUCGGGAUGCAAAUCUUUACAUUUGGCUGGAUCAUCUACUAUGGUGGAAUGGCGUUCACGGCGGAGAGACAGACUCAGACGUACUACAAGCAGAUGGUCAUGCUGGGUGAUCUGCCGCCCGAUACCAAGAUCCCGAAAGCUAGCAACGACUUAUUUGCGAAGAAGGACGAUUGGCGGAAAGCCAUCAUGAAUCCCUCUGCGUUUGAAAAACCGAAGCAGACAGCGGCGACCUCAUCUGCGCCUGACGUGCCUCAAACGGAUGUGGAUCAGUAUCCUAAAGCUGUAUCUGAACGCAUGACAACAGCCGAUUUCAAAUCCAAAAUACAGCAGCGACAGCAAGCUGCUGCUCCCUCUGCGAACGACUCGGAUGCAUUCGCGGCGAGGUUGGAAGGCGCUAUCCGUGCUCAGGCGGAAGAGGAUGAGAUGAGAGGCAAAGGAAAGCUGAAAGGCGCGCAGAGCGUGACCGGUCGUGGAGAACUGCUGAGACGUCGCGGGAGAGAGAUGGCGGCUCAGAAAGAGGAGAAAGCGGCACGAGAUAAUGCAGCUCGGGAGGCUGAAAAUGAGACCGAGGUGGAAGACAGCGAGAGGAUCUAG